AUGGUUGGAGUCGCAGGAAGUUCCAAGGGCUGCAACACGUGCCGGAAACGCAAGAUCCACCAGUGUGAUGGAGACAGACCGUCGUGUGCGCGAUGUCGAAAAACCAAUCGUAUCUGCGGGGGUUAUGAGAGGGAACGACACUUUAAGAAUCUGAGCGCCUUGGACCGCGAGACGUUGUUGACGAGGACGCAGCCGUUGGUUUCGCUCACGGACUUGAGGCGGCAAAUCACCGUUGAUGGCGACGCACGCUCAGUUGACCAGCUCACGCCGGGCAGUGACUCCGGAACGGGUGGCACCACCGUAACGACCGCGAGGAUGACGCCCCAAGACCAAAAUAUGGAGGGGAUAAGACACGCCGCCAGGCCUGCAGAGGUGUUUGUCGACUUUCUCGCCAACUACAUCCCCAGGAAAAAAGAAGAAGGAGAGGAAGGAGAAGAACAUGACACUAGACUUCAGAACGAGCAAAAGACCCAACAAGUUUCCUGGCUCCAAGCCAUCGACCCGUCGUCGUUGGAAAACAGCGCCUCGCUCGAUCUCGCAAUCCUGGCAUUGAGCCUCUCCUGUCUGGGUCGCAGACACGGCGACGAGCGGCUCCGACGUGAAGGCACGGCCAACUACGGGAGAGCGCUGCGUCGACUCCAGGACAUUCUCUCGCACCACAGUCUGCUGUUGGAGGAGCAGACUCUGGCCAGUUGUAUGGCCUUGUCGAUUUUCGAGGCAUGUCUCCCAUGUUCCUCUGCCCUCCUCAAUCUUUCCCCCGUUCUCCCCCUCCUCGAAGUCUCCGGGAAGAACACCUGCGGAUGGGUCAGCCACGUCGAAGGCAUGGCCAGGUUAGUCGAGCUUCGAGGACCCGAGUCCCAUAUGACGGGAUCGAGCCAUCGACUCUUCCUGGGAUUCAGGUCCACCGCUAUCACCCACGCGCUGGCCACGCGCAAAUCGAUCUUUCUCGCCCGACCCGACUGGCUGACCGUGCCGUGGAAGAUACACCCCAAGUCAGAUCUUGACCGGUUACAGGAUAUCAUGGCUCAAAUCGCGACUCUGCUCGAGAAAGCCGAACGACUUAGGACUGCAUCUACCACCACCACCGCCACCGCCGCCGCCGCCGCCGCCGUGCCAGAGAGGACAGCACUCGUCCAGCAAGGGUGGACAUUCCACUCUCAACUCCACACCUGGUACCAGCGACUGGUCCGCAAGCACACCGGGUGUGGAGCGCUGUACUGGGAGCGACCGGUGUCGGCACGGUUUCAUCUGCCUAUCCCGAGUGUGUUUACAACGUCACUACAGUUUCCGACCUUUGAAAUCGCCCGGCUCCAUCUCUCCUACUGGACCAUGCUGCUCUUACUGCGCACGAGCAUCCUCUCCCUUGCCUUGCGAGAGUCGUACCGAGGCGACACUGACACUGAUGCCGCACCCACUCCUCCUUCUCCUCCUCCGGAGGUUCCAGACCUCCCAGACCACCACCUCGCAACCAUGAUAUGCAAGUCAAUGGACUUCUUCCUCUCCGACGACGCGCGCAUCAUGGGUCCGCAAAACGUAUUUUUCGCCCUCCGCGUCGCGACACACGUGUUUUCCCGCGCCGCCACCACCGCUGGAACACCCCACCACCACCUGCGAAUCGUUGAGUGGUGUCACGCCGUCUUUGACGAAUUGCACCGCCGGGGGUAUUCAUUGGGCAGGAUCUUGGCGGCGUGUCCGUGGGAUGAGAUUCCGGCGUUGUUGUCGCCGCGUAACCAGGGCAUUACCUCACAACAAUCAAGGCCAGGGGCGGGGGUAGAGUUAGGGGAUAUGGGAGAGGGAUAA